CGAGUAUUCAGCUCGUAAUAUAUGACCUGGUAAAUGAUAAGCUCUUGACUUUUAUACAACGUCACAAUUUGUUCCUACGACGUUGGAGAGUCUCUGUUUUUCCAACCAGGUGAGGCCUUAAAAGCAUUUUGAUCUACUGACUUAGUUAACACAAUGUCCGGAAAGCUGUAUUUUGCAGCAUUGGCUGUUUUCACUUCUGUUUAUUCUCAAUCGGAUGUUCGCUUGCCACCCAAUGUGAUAAUUCCUGACGCCCCAAAAGUCGUAUAUAAGAAUACUAAAGAUGGUUUUAGUUUACCAUGUCAAGCCAAGGGAAUACCAGAGCCCAGCUAUGCAUGGUUGAGAGACGGGAUACCUCUUAUAGCAAGUCCUCAGAUCACAUUUGAUUCAGUAGAAGGGGACAUAACCUUCAAUGAUUUUACAACCAGAGAAGAAGGUGUUUUUACAUGUGUGGCAAGGUCAAUGUUUGGCACAACAAUAGUCAAAAGUUUUGCUCCAACAUACACAUUAAAGCAAUCUCGGGUAGAUGAGUUCAAAUCAAACGCCACCAGCUCUGUAGUAGCGGAUGAGUACUCCUACAUCAAGCUAGAUUGUGCUAAUAAAGGUGAAGCUGUUGGUGAAGAAAUUGGUUACGACUGGUAUGAUGUCAAUUAUACUCAAAUUAAAAUAGAUGACCGUCAGUUUAUUGAUCAAAACGGAAACCUGCAUUUUGCUUACGUUACGACAGUAGACGGCAAUAUAAGACAGUACAAGUGUGGCAUUUCAGCCAUUGGUUUGUCAUACAUUACGUUUGGUGGAUCGGUUCUACUUUCUAUCAAAACAGUAGCUUCGCCAACUGCCAUUGCUCCACAAGUGCAGUACACAAACUCUGGCACCAAGUUUAUUAGAUUUUCGACAGCUACACUGGAAUGUUUUUUCUCAGGAUAUGACCCUCAAUACCCGAAUGUUCCUGUGACCAAAUGGUAUUUUGAUGACGGCAAUGAGAUCAAAGCAAGCGGCAGAUAUUCUUUUUCUGCGGAUCAUCGCCGUCUAAUCAUCUAUAAUGUAGAUGAACAAGAUGAGAAAAACUAUUACUGCCAAGCACAAAAUACCAGAGGAACAUCUAACAAAGAGGCUGUGUUUCUUGAUAUUACUGCCUCACCAAUCUUUUACCCAAACGGAGCACCAGUGGACCAAACUAUGUCAGAAGGUAAAGAUGCCGUGUUUAACUGUAAUGCCAGAUCAGCACGUGGAGAAACAGAGCCUGAUCCACCUGUGUGGUACAUUAAUGGAGAGCAAGUUGGUGCACAAAUAGACACGACAAAAUUUGUAUUUAGUGAUGGGAACAAAACGUUAACCAUAAAAUCUUUAAAGAAAGUUACAGACAUCAUGUGCAUUCAGUGUUCUGUUUCUAACCUAGUUGGUACUACAUGGGCCGAUGGAUGCUUAAAUGUGCUCUUGCCCAUUAUAAUUUUGUACCAGCCACCAUCCACACAGAACAUUGAUUUUGGAGAUGUAAUAGACCUCACUGUGAUGGCUAUAACUGAUCCAUCUCAAAAUAUAAUAUACAGAUGGAAACACAACAACGUGGAAUCCCUCAACCCUCCGCCAUUUGUCGUCUACAAUACAACGACUAGAGAGGCCUACAUCAACACAAGCAAUCUAAACACUGAUCAGUACGAAUCUGUGAGGGGAACCUACAUCAUCAAUGUGACGCAUGUCUUUGACUACAGUGUGGUAGAAGUGAAUGUUGUACUGAGGGAUACACCAGAUGAAAGUGUAACUAAAACUGGAGUCAGAAUAUCAACCGAAACCGGAGCUGUUGCAGAAACCAGCACAGGACAUGGAAGAAAUGUUGCCACAGGUGUUGGUACAGGAACUGUUCUAAUCCUGCUCUGUCUGGCACUUGUGGGAAGUUUCCAGAUUUGGUCUACAGCCUGAGAGUCGGUGACCUACAACCAGAUUUGAGGAUUACAUUUCUGUGUUGUAUUUUACAUUAAUAAUAGUGAUUGAGAAAGUUUUUAUUCUAUUUUAAUUUACACUAGCAUUAUUCUCAAUGUAGCUUAGUAUAUAUCAUAUAUUUUUACUACAACAGCUUUGAAAAUACCAUUGUAUUUUGAAACAUUAUUUACUUUCGAUUUUUAUAAGUCAAUUAAAAUAUUUUUUAUAAUUAAGGCAUAAGUAAUUACUUCAUAAAAUCUAUAUGUGUAAGUUAAGUACAGGAUUACACAAUUUCACUUUAUUACUUGUAAGCCACAUCAUAGUGCCUGGUAAAAAUGCUUUAGUUUGAUGAUGAGCUUGUUUACUGUGUUUAGUUGGUGUUUGUUUGUUUUGCAGUUUUUACUUUCUCGUAUAGAGAAUGUAUUGUAAUUGUGCAGAAAAAAUAAAUCGUUUUACAUCUC